GUUAGAGAGAGAACAACCAACUGUACAAAAAUGCUGCAAUUUUUUGAAGUCUUCUCUACUCUCUACUUCUCUGUUUCUCUCUUCUUCUUCUUCACUCAUUAUUAGUUUGUGUGUGCCUUUUAAAUAAUAAUAAAAUAUGGAAAUGGCGAACGUGCCAUCAAGUUCACCUCCAACACCAACCUCGCCGCCGUCGGCCUCCAAUUCGGAGAACUCCGCCACCAGCCCCACCACUUCUCUCACUCCACCUAACCCACUUCACCUUCAGGUUGUCGACGAAGGACCAACCCCGAAUAAUGGAUCUCUCAAUGUCGACGACAAAAAGCCUGACUUUCCACACCAACACUUCAAGUUUCUUGACAGCACAGACUACAUUGAGAAGUUCAAGAAAUAUGAAGCUGACUACACUUUCCGGUUGAUGGCAAAAUAUUUCUCUAAGAAGAAUCUAUAUGGAGGCAGCAUAUUUGAUGGGAACAUGACAAUAGAUGAUGAGGUCAUAAAGUCAAGCAGGCCCUAUUGUGUGAAGGUGGCCUUGUACCCGAUCAUAUGCAAACCCAGUGCAGGGUUUUGAAGACCAAAGCAGCAGUAUUCCAGCUUAUUCAGAUGAAACUCCAACUGAUAUAUCAAACGGGAAGCACCCAGUAAGAAAGACUAGCUGAAGACAUUUGCUACCUUAACCAUACUCUUAGACCUACCUGUAUGGUACGUGGUACCGUAUAUUAUUUAUGAUGUAGACAAUCAGGUUACUGGGUGAAAUGAACCACAACUUCACGUAACCUCCCAUUUAGUGUAAGAAAUGUCCACGGUUCAGAAUUUACAAUUUAUCAACGCUAUUGGAUCCGGAAACAUACAAUUUAUCAAUGCU